AUUUUCCCAAUGUCUAGUUUACUGUAAACCAGCUUUACUCUUUCUUCAACACUUCUGUCCUCUCCCUUGUCCAUACUCUCCUUUUGUCAAAGCUUUCACCACCACUCCAUUCACUUUCUUACUCUAUGUUCAUGUCUCAAAGGUAAGCUUUCUUGAACCCCCUUAAUUUCUUGCAAUCUUUUACUAAAAAUGCUUUUUUUAGUUUUGCUCAUUUUAGUGUUGUUGAGCUCACAAAGCUCAGUGGAUUGUGUGAAUGAUGAAGGGUAUGCACUUUUGUCAUUUAAACAAGCCAUUAGUGAUGACCCACUAGGGGCAUUUGCAAGCUGGAACAUUUCUGAUGAGACCCCUUGUUCUUGGAGUGGUGUGACAUGCAAAGAGGAGAGAGUUGUGUCUGUAAGUAUACCAAAGCAGAAGCUUCAAGGGCUUGUGUCACCUUCUUUAGGGUCUUUGUCUCAGCUAAGACAUGUUAAUUUGAGGAACAAUAGGUUGAUUGGGAGCUUGCCUUUUGAGCUUUUUAGAGCUCAAGGGCUUCAAAGUUUGGUGCUUUAUGGGAAUUCUUUAUCUGGCUCAGUUCCAUUUGACAUUGGGAAGCUUAGUUACCUUCAGACUUUGGAUUUGUCUCAGAAUUUACUUAAUGGGUCAUUACCAAGUUCAUUGAUCCAGUGUAAGAGACUUAGGACUCUUGUUCUUAGUCAAAAUAAUUUUAGUGGUGGUUUACCUGAGGGGUUUGGGACUAGUUUAGUUUCUCUUGAAAAACUUGAUAUUUCGAUUAACAGGUUUAGUGGUCCUCUUCCUAGUGACUUGGGGAAUUUAUCGAAUUUGCAAGGAACUGCUGAUUUGUCACAUAAUUUGUUUAGUGGUUCGAUUCCAGCUAGUCUUGGAAACCUUCCUGAGAAGGUUUAUAUAGAUCUUACUUAUAACAAUCUUACUGGUCCAAUACCGCAAACCGGUGCUCUGAUCAAUAGAGGACCUACAGCUUUUAUUGGGAAUCCUGGGCUUUGUGGACCUCCAUUGAAAAGCCAGUGUAGUACAAGUGCAAGUUCACCUUCGUCGUCUAUUCCGUUUUUACCAAGUGAUGUUCCACCGGGUGAUGCUGCUGCGAAGGGUGCGAAAAGAGGCCUAAGUAAAGGAUCUAUAAUCGCUAUUGUUGUGGGUGAUGUUAUCGGAAUAUGUCUUUUUGGUUUAGUGUUUAUGUAUUGUUAUUCAAGGGUAUGUGGCAUCAGAAGAAGUGAAAAUGCUUAUGGUUCUGGGAAGAAAUUGAAGGGGAGGACGGACUGUUUAUGCUUUGGGAAGGAUGAGUCGGAGACCUUAUCAGAAAAAGUGGAGCAAUAUGACCUAGUACCAUUGGGCGUGCAGCUCGGAUUUGACCUGGAAGAGCUUCUUAAGGCUUCUGCGUUUGUGCUAGGGAAGAGCGGGAUUGGAAUUGUUUACAAAGUUGUGCUUGAAGAUGGAAAUACCUUGGCUGUGAGAAGGUUGGGCGAAGGGGGUACACAAAGGUUUAAGGAAUUUCAGAAAGAAGUAGAAGCAAUUGGGAAGCUUAGGCAUCCUAACAUUGUAACUCUUAGAGCCUAUUAUUGGUCUGUUGAUGAGAAGCUGCUCAUAUAUGAUUACAUUCAGAAUGGUAACCUUGCCACUGCAAUUCAUGGGAAGCCGGGAAUGAUUCCUUUUACACCUCUCUCAUGGCCUUCUCGGUUGAAGAUUAUGAAAGGAGUUGCAAAAGGCUUGGUUUAUCUGCAUGAAUUCAGCCCCAAAAAGUAUGUCCAUGGAGACCUCAAGCCAACAAAUAUUUUACUUGGACAGAACAUGGAAGCCUUGAUCUCUGACUUCGGACUUGGACGCCUUGCUAACAUAGCUGGAGGAACUCCAAUUGUGGAAUCCAGCAGAAUGGCUUCUGAAAAUCUUCACGAGAAGCAGCAAGACAAUGCACCCUCAGAAGUCACCAUGGUAAACUCGCCUGCAAAUUUGAGAUCUUGUUAUCAAGAUCCUGAGGCCCUAAAAGCUAUCAAGCCAUCACAGAAAUGGGAUGUUUAUUCAUAUGGGGUCAUCCUACUCGAAAUGAUUAGUGGAAGACCACCUAUCAUCCAACUGGACACCACAGAAAUGGAUAUUGUUCACUGGAUUCAGCUCUGCAUCGAGGAGAAAACGCCAUUUUCAGAAGUUCUAGACCCAUACUUAAUUAAAGAUGCUGAUAGAGAGGAUGAAAUAAUUGCGGUUCUAAAAAUCGCAAUGACAUGCAUACAGAGUAGCCCCGAGAGAAGACCAUCAAUGAGGCACAUCUUCGAUUCUUUAGAAAGACUUUCCGCUAAAUGAACUGUUAUUACGACACGUCAUGACAAAUGAACUUGGGCAUUGUGGCUCUAUGAGAAUGAAUUUCGGCAGUGGGGGUUAAUUGCAGAAUUGUUAGAAUUGAAAGAAGAGUGGAUGACGGAAAUGGACUUGUCUCCUGAAAGGGCCCAGUUGGAUGAUAUUACUUAAUUUUGGUGACUACUCUCUUCAUGGCCUUGUUUUACUACAUGUGAGAAAUGUCUUUAUGUGGCUCUUAUUACUGGCAUUUUCUGUUUGUUGUUUGUGUCCCUAGAUAUAUGUAUCAAUGGUUUCCCCCCUUGUUAUUGUGUACCUCUGUACUGCACUAGAACUUUUCAGAACAAAGAAAUUUGAGCCGAGCAGUCAGAAUUUAACUGCUAGUCACAUUUAUCAUAAAUACUUAAUAUCUUUUUUUCUCA